AUGUCAUCACCUCAACCACCAUCUAUAGAUUUUGAAAAAAUUAAAGCAAAAUCAGAUGGAUCAUAUUCAAGUUUAAUUUCAUCAAGUUUUCAAGAAAUUAUUAUGAAUAAUCCAUAUUUUGCAGCAGGUGGAGGUUUAAUGUUAUUAGGUACUGGAUUAGCAUUAGCAAGAUCAGGAAUUGUUAAAAGUUCUGGAUUUUUAUAUAAACAAAUGUUAAUUGAUUUAGAAAUCCCAUCAAAAGAUAAAUCUUAUUUAUGGUUUUUAGAAUGGAUGUCAAAAUAUAAAAAAAGAAGUUCAAGACAUUUAUCUGUUGAAACUAAUGUUAUAACUCAUGAUAAUGGAGCUAUAACAACAAAUUUUUCAUUAGUUCCAGGUCCAGGAAAACAUUUAAUAAGAUAUAAAGGUGCAUUUAUGUUAGUAAAUCGUGAAAGAUCUGGGAAAUUAUUAGAUAUGACUAAUGGUACACCAUUUGAAACUGUUACAUUAACUACUUUAUAUCGAGAUAGAUAUUUAUUUAAUGAUUUAUUAUAUGAAGCUAAAUCAAUGGCAUUAAAAGCAAGAGAAGGUAAAACAGUAAUUUUUACAUCUUGGGGUCCAGAAUGGAGACCAUUUGGUCAACCAAGAUCAAAAAGAUUAAUAGGAUCAGUUAUAUUAGAUAAAGGAAUUGCAGAAACUAUAUUGGAUGAUGUUAAAGAUUUUUUGAUUAGUGGAGAAUGGUAUCAUAAAAGAGGUAUACCUUAUAGAAGAGGAUAUUUAUUAUAUGGACCACCAGGAUCUGGUAAAACAUCUUUUAUACAAGCAUUAGCAGGUGAAUUGGAUUAUAAUAUUUGUAUAUUAAAUUUAUCAGAGAAUAAUCUAACAGAUGAUAGAUUAAAUCAUUUAAUGAAUCAUAUACCUAAUAGAUCAAUAUUACUACUAGAAGAUGUUGACGCAGCAUUUAAUAAAAAAAGAGAACAAUCAAAUGAUCAAGGUUUUAACAAUGGAGUUACAUUUUCAGGAUUAUUAAAUGCAUUAGAUGGAGUAGCAAGUGCAGAAGAAUGUAUAACUUUUAUGACAACAAAUCAUCCAGAAAGAUUAGAUCCAGCAUUAUUAAGACCUGGUAGAGUUGAUUUUAAAAUUUUAAUAAAUAAUGCUACAGAAUAUCAAAUUAAAAAAAUGUUUUUAAGAUUUUAUGAAAAUGAAAAUGAAUUAUGUCAAGAAUUUUUAAAUAAAUUUAGAAGAUUAAAUUUAAAAAAUAUAAGUACUGCUCAAUUACAAGGAUUAUUUGUAUAUAAUAAAAGAGAUCCAAAAGCAGCUAUUGAAAUGAUUGAAACUUUACAAGACCCAAAUACUGUUUUUUGA